AUGGAAGAGGUUGAGAACAAGGCACCCUGCGUAGACGCUACUGCCAAGGAUGUGAAGUCCGGAACGCCCAGCCCUGGAGCCGAGGAGAAGCCCACGGAGAUGACGAGCAAGGACUACUACUUCGACUCGUACUCCCACUUCGGCAUCCACGAAGAAAUGCUUAAAGACGAGGUGCGAACGACGAGCUACAUGAACGCGAUCGAACACAACAAGCACCUCUUCGCCGGGAAGGUGGUGAUGGACGUGGGCUGCGGCACGGGGAUCCUUUCAAUGUUCGCCGCAAGGGCGGGGGCGAAACAGGUGAUUGGCAUCGAGUGCUCGACGAUCAUCGAGCAGGCUCGGAAGAUCGUUGCGGCUAACGGGUUCGCCGACAAGAUCACGCUCAUCAAGUCCAAGUGCGAGGACAUCGCCAGCCUGGAGGCCCUGGCCGGCGUGGACAAGGUGGACAUCAUCAUCUCGGAGUGGAUGGGGUACUUCUUGCUGUACGAGUCUAUGCUGGACACGGUCAUCUACGCCAGAGACCGGUGGCUGAAGGAAGGGGGGUUGAUGCUUCCCGACAAGGCGACGUUGUUCGUGGGGGCGAUAGAGGACGAGCAGUACAAGAAAGAGAAGAUAGACUUUUGGGACGAAGUUUACGGUUUCGACAUGAGCGUCAUCAAAGAGAUAGCCCUGACGGAACCGCUAGUGGACAUUGUGGAGGGGAAGGCAGUAGCUACGGAUUGCCAGGCGAUUCUGUCGUUAGAUCUGGCGGACUGCAAAAAGGAGGAGCUGCAGUUUAAGUCAGAGUUUGUGCUGACGGCGCACCGUAACGACUUCGUUCACGCGAUCGUGGCGUACUUCGAUUGUCAAUUCAGUCAGUUGCACAAGCCGGUCCGAUUCUCCACUGGGCCGUUCACCGAGUACACCCACUGGAAGCAAACGGUCUUCUACCUCAGACAGCCGCUGACCAUCUGCAAGGGGGAGUCGAUCAAGGGCAAGAUCACGGUCAAGCCGAACGACAAGAACCCCCGGGAUUUGGACAUCGCGUUGAGAUUGGAUCACCAGGGAUCCGUCAUGUCGUUGCACGCCACACAGGAGUACCGCCUGCGGUAGAGGAAAUCCCCUCGCCCCAUCCUAUCUACCCCCUCCGCUGCCCCUACAGUUGCAAGCGCCAGCACUUGUUGUGAAGAGUGGCCUUUCUCGGAACGCGCGUGUAUUGUAACGAACGGUGUUGUUUGUUUCCUGUUUUUGCAUGUCGGAAGUCAAGUCACACCCCAACGCUCGAGUGCCGAAAGGCAAAGCAGCACAUGGACGCAGUAGGCGUGUCCCGGGAGAAAAUUUCCCAGGAUGGGGCUCGCGAUAUUAGGGGCGGGGGGGGGGGGAGGGAGGGUGCUGAGUUGCAGAUUUCGCGUCGUGCGAUCGUGCGAUUCCGAAAGAGGCGCUCGAUUAUCGAAAGAAACAUCGCGCUGAUACGAGUUUUAUACUUGAGUAGGUUUAAAGCGGUGUGUCGUGGGAGUUGGUUGAGUGUGGGAAGUACUGCGUUUUUGGACCGAUGGUCAAAUGAUCCAAGACUAAGUUGUGUGUUGGGCGCGUGAAGUCGCGCUAGUGCGAAUCGGCAACUCGUCGACAGAAACGUGCGUACGCUGACCCUACUGUUGAGAGCGGGGGAGGGUUUUGGAGUGCGUUUGUUGUUGGUGUGAAACGAGUUGGUCGAGGUUGCUCUUGGAAGCCCUUGGGGGACUCGAGGUAGAUGUCGUUGCGCACUUGAAUGAGUUGCUGCCUGGGUGGUUGAUGGAUUGUGCACGAGGUUGCCUCGACGCCUCGCUCAACUCGCUAAAUAAAGAUCGUCAUGCUUUG